AUGCAAGCUGAGAACUUAUCAGCCUCUUCAUUGUAUACACCCAGUAAUGACUCCAUGAAAUAUCUUAAUUAUGGCGCUGCAGUAAGUAAGGUGGAAAUUGAUCUUCUUAAUGGAGAAACCAGAUUCUUGCGAACAGAUAUUAUUUAUGAUUGUGGACAGAGUCUAAACCCUGCGGUAGAUUUAGGACAGAUUGAAGGAGCUUUUGUCCAGGGAUUGGGGUUUUUCAUGUUUGAAGAAUACGAAACAAAUGUUGAAGGUUUGGUGUUGCAAGACGGCACUUGGAACUAUAAAAUUCCUACUAUAGACACUAUACCUAUGCAGUUUAAUGUUCAAAUCCUCAACAGUGGACACCACCAGCACCGUGUCCUCUCUUCAAAAGCUUCUGGAGAGCCACCACUACUUCUAGCAGCUUCCAUUCACUGUGCCACAAGUGCAGCUGUGAGAGAAGCAAGGAAACAGCUUCUUUCAUGGAGGAACCAAGAUAGAUCAGAUUCAGCUUUUGAGUUGAGGGUCCCUGCAACCAUGCCUGUGGUAAAGGAACUCUGUGGACUGGACAAUGUACAAACAUACUUGAAAUGGAAAAUGGCCAACAAGUAA